UGGCCCACUAGCAUCAGACAACAGCUGACUGUACCAAAUCACACAGCAUAUUUUGGGCCCAGUAUCAGUUAGUCAGGUGUUUCGGUGGCUCCAGCCACCAUUUGGUGUGAUUGAAAAUGGCCACAUCCAAUGUUGAAGAUGUUGAGCUGAACUUUCUUGAAACCUCAGUUCUCAGCGGGACAGCGGCUGUAAUAUCUAAGACCGUUUCUGCACCAAUCGAAAGGGUAAAGCUUAUGAUUCAGAACCAAGAUGAAAUGAUGAAACAAGGCCGUUUGGAUAGGCCGUAUCUCGGAAUGAUUGAUUGCACCGUACGUACUUUCAAAACGGAAGGUGUAUUGCCAUUCUGGCGCGGAAAUGUACCGAACUGCAUAAGAUAUUUCCCUACGCAGGCUUUGAAUUUUGCAUUCAAGGACAACAUUAAGGCUUUGUUUAAUCCACAAAAGACGGAUACCUACGGCGUAGCGUUCUACAAAAACGUCGCGAGUGGUGGUGCUGCUGGUGCUGGUUCGCUACUAUUUGUAUACUCUCUGGAUUAUGCUCGCACCAGGUUGGCGAACGACGCCCUUGCUGCCUCGAAAGGAAGUUCCAGAGAAUUUAAAGGGCUUACUGAUGUUUAUGUAAAAACGAUUAAAUCUGAUGGAAUUGCUGGACUGUACCGUGGCUUCUGCUUAUCGUGCGUUGGUAUUGUGGUGUAUAGAGGAUUCUAUUUCGGCUUGUACGACACUAUCAAGCCCAUUGCGUUAGGUGAAAAUGCAGGUUUAACAGUUAGCUUUUUGCUUGGUUAUGCAGUCACCAUAAUUUCGGAGACUAUGGCAUACCCCAUUGAUACGGUCCGAAGGCGACUUAUGAUGACUUCAACUCAAGCCGUCAAAUACAAAAGUUCCCUUGAUUGUGCCAUGAAAAUAUUACGAAAUGAAGGACCGAUGUCUUUUAUGAAGGGCACUUUUGCCAACAUACUUCGCGGGAUCGCCGGUGCUGGAGUCUUAGCAGGCUUCGAUAAACUAAAAGAGAUUUAUGUUGCCUUCCGUGUUCCCUCAAAGCCCGGUGCAUAGAUUAGUGUUUUGUAGUUUUAAUUAAUAAAUCCCCUCGGCAUUUUGA